CUCCAGUUGUUUGCGUUGAAGUGUCAAAUCGUAUGUGAGGUUUGUAUAUACAGUAUUUAGGUGACGAUGAAAAAUGGAUGACGUUGCGUCCGCACAUAGUGAAAAUUUAAAUUUAAGAAAAAUCCAACAAAAACUUUUGCAAUGGGAGAAAAAAGAGUGCUCCUUAUCGCAUCUAACGCAGUGUCAAAUUGAUGCAAUCGAUCAAUUGAAUGAGUGUUUGCAGCAAAAGACCGCCAAAACAUCUUCAGAUCUGCAGUCGCUGCAGAGUGGUGAUUCAAGUGCAAGAGAAGGGAAUUUUACAAAAGAUGGCAAAUUUAACAUUCCAUCGAAUACAAUCGAUUCAACGCAGGAUUUUUUCAAUUGGUACAACGAUGUCGAAUCACAAUUGUACAGCGGCAACGAUAAUGUGUACCGACAGUACUAUGAUCAAUUGUCCAGCCGAAGAGAUGAAUGUGAUAAUUUGUUGGCUAAAAUCAAUUCCGCAUUAGAUUCACUCGAUGAACUUAAGACCGAAUACAAUUUUGUGUCGAAUAAGACGUGGUCAUUGAACUCUGGCAGUGAGAAGCUGAUUGCUGAACAAAACAAACUGAUUGGCAUUACCGAUGAAAUCAAACGGCGCCUACACUACUUCACCCAAGCAGAGAAUCUUUUGCAAAUUCUACAAAGUUCAACGAUUUCAGUGUCUAGCGAAAUAUUCGCCCAAACAUUGACGCGAGUUGAUGAAUGUAUUGCGUAUAUCAAAGUCAAUAGCAAAUUCAAGGAUUCAGCCACCUACUUAGCAAAACACAAUCAAUGUUUAGCCAAAGCAGUGCUUCUCAUAAAGAAUUAUCUAAAUCAUAUGUUCACCAACACAGCUGAACAAAUAUCGAACAUGAAAGAUGCACCGAAAAGUGGAGAUCAAUCGUCUGAUACGGCUUUCGCAAUGUACUAUGGAAAAUUCCAAGGUAUCGCUCCAAAAGCAUGCCAAAUCAUUACACUUGUUGAGAGUCGCAUUGAAAAAAAUGUGGAAUACGAAUUGCUUUUGAUUGAAAUCCAUAAAAUGUAUUUGACGCAACGAGCGGGAAUCAUGAGUUCGGAAAUUGAGGCAGCCAUUAAAAAUCUGACUGCUUCGUACAAAGGUGACCAUUGUGCAUUGGUUCGAUCAUCAUGUGCGUUCAUGGUGCAUGUUUGUCAAGAUGAACAUCGGCUAUUUUACCAAUUCUUCACGAAACCAUCUCAACAACUGACAUCUUAUUCGGAGGGUAUCUGCACAAUUUUGUAUGACACUCUGCGGCCGUACAUCAUUCAUAUCAAUCACUUGGAAACUCUGGCGGAAAUUUGUGGCAUUUUGAGGAUUGAAAUGCUCGAUGAACAUGUGGCACAUCAUGCUGAUUCACUGGAAGCCUUUGGCAAGAUAUGUUUACAACUUCUGCAAGAUGUUCAGGAGCGGCUUGUUUUCCGUGCUCAUCUCUACUUGCAAUCCGAUAUAUUGAAUUACAAGCCAUCCGGUGGUGAUCUGGCAUACCCAGAAAAAUUGGAAAUGAUGGAGAGUAUUGCAAAUUCCCUGAACGAAACUAUGGUACGGAGUAGUGCGUCGAUUGUUUCAAUGAGUUCGGUGCACGACUCAAAACACUUGCCACGAAAUUCACCGGCCGAUUUGCAUGGGAUGUGGUAUCCAACGGUUCGUCGAACGCUUGUGUGUUUGUCACGAUUAUAUCGAUGCAUUGAUCGCCCAGUAUUCCAAAGUCUUUCACAAGAAGCCUUAUCGUAUUGCAUUCAGAGUGUGUCGCAUGCAGCUCAAUUAAUUGCCACGAAAAAGACUUUCAUCGAUGGCGAACUCUUUGAAAUCAAGCACUUGUUGAUAAUCCGUGAGCAAAUCGCACCAUUCCGCGUUGAUUUUACUGUCCGUGAAACGAGUUUGGACUUUAGCAAAACAAAAACGGCCGCAUUCAGUUUGUUGCAAAAACGAAAGCAACUUUUUGCCAUGGAUAGCAAUAAUGCACUGUUGGAAUUCCUGUUCGAUAGUACGCCACAAGUCAAGGAGCACGUUCAUGAUUCACGUAAAGAUGUUGAUCGUCACUUGAAGUUGAUUUGCGAGAAUUUCAUUCGAGAUGCUACCAAUUUAUUGAUUGGCCCAGUUGUGUCGUUUAUUGAGAAAGCGCAGGCUUUACUCAAGGCAAAUGCAUCGGCUCCAAGUGAAGCGCAACUGCCACAAGGCGGAGCAAAAACGGUGAAUUAUGUAUUGCGACAAACACCGUGGGCAAGUCCACAACAAAUUAGCGGCGUGAUUCAAGAGUCGCAACGUCUCAUCAAAAGCAAAUUAACCGGUCUUCAACGCGCAAUGCUUCUAUAUUUGGCAAAUAAAGACACCGAAUUCAUUCUGUUCCGACCGAUUCGAAAUAAUUGCAUCAGUGCUUUUGUCAAGUUGGAACAAUUGUUGAGCACGAACGGCUAUACGAAAGACGAUAUGAUCAUCACGAGCUGCCCAACCGCCGAUCAAAUUUCUAUUUUGUUAUCAAGUGCCAGUUUAGUGGCUGAAGAAAGUAAACCGGAGGCAUCAAGGAAAAUCAGCACCACAUCAAACAGUGGUCGCGACCAAAUUAUAAAAGAAGAGGAGCAAAGCAAAACGGCCGUAAAGGAGGAAAUGGUAGUCACGCAAAGCAUAAAGGCAGAAGAAAAACCGAAAUCUUCAGAAACACCAGUUAGCGAAAACGUUGAACAAAUUGUACAAGAGUAGGGGCGUUUGAAGUUAUAUUUUAUUAUUAUGAGCCACAAAAAAAAUAUAUAUUUUGAAAUGAUGUUGAAUAAAAACCUCAUGAAAAACUAAACCAA